GUUGAAUCAACACUGCUGACACACAGGCUACUUUCACAGUCUGCACUGACAAGCAGUGGCGCUUUGCAUUCAUAGUCUCUGGGUUGGAAAACUCCUGCAACCUGGGGGGACAUUUUUAAUCGUUGUUCCUGUCCGGGUGAUCUGUGUGAAGAUUUAGCAGCAGUCAGUAAGCCUCUCGGAGAGGCUUCUUCUCAUCCUUAUCAUCCUCAUCAACUACAUUGCCAUGAUAAUAAGCAUUGCCCUGAUCUGGGCAGUAGUGGUUGGAUUCUGUUAUCUUUUAUGGCUUGCUAUGGGGAUACGACACAGGCAACCAGGUGAGCCUGCAGUUGAGAACGGGUUUAUCCCCUACCUCGGUUGUGCUCUGCAGUUCGGGGCCAAUCCACUUCAAUUCCUACGCAGCCGGCAGAAGAAGUAUGGUCAUAUUUUCACCUGCAAGAUCGCAGGCCAGUACAUCCACUUUCUGUGUGAUCCAUUUUCCUACCAUUCAGUCAUCAGACAGGGGAGACACCUGGAUUGGAGGAAGUUCCACUUUGCUACGUCUGUCAAGGCAUUUGGCCAUGACAGCUUUGACCCUCGCCAUGGGCACACCACAGAGAACCUUCACCAAACCUUUCUAAAGACCUUGCAGGGUGAGGCUUUGCCCUCCCUCAUAGAGUCUAUGAUGGGCCACCUACAGGACGUCAUGCUGAGGUCAGAUACACUCAGCCCCAGCAAGGACCACUGGGAGACGGAUGGCAUCUUUGCCUUCUGCUACAAGGUGAUGUUUGAGUCUGGCUACCUGACCCUGUUUGGUAAAGAGCUUGGUGAAGACAAACGGCAGGCUAGGGAGGCGGCUCAGAAAGCCUUGGUGCUAAACGCUUUAGAGAACUUCAAAGAGUUUGACAAGAUAUUCCCGGCAUUGGUGGCUGGCCUGCCCAUCCAUGUCUUCAAGAGUGCUUACAGUGCUAGAGAGAAUCUAGCAAAAACCAUGCAUGCUGAAAACCUUUCCAAGAGGGAAAACAUGUCUGAUCUGAUCUCUAUGAGGAUGAUCCUGAACGACUCCUUGUCUACCUUCAAUGACUUGAGCAAAGCCAGGACGCAUGUUGCUCUGCUCUGGGCUUCGCAGGCUAACACCCUUCCCGCUACCUUCUGGAGUCUCUUUUAUAUGAUCAGGAGCCCAGAUGCUAUGAAAGCAGCUCGUGAGGAAGUACAGAAACUUCUGGAGGGUUCAGGGCAGGUGGCUGACCUGAGCAACCCUUCACUGAAUCUGACAAGGGAGCAGCUGGACAGCAUGCCUGUUAUGGACAGCAUCAUUAAAGAAGCCAUGCGUCUUUCAAGUGCUUCAAUGAAUGUACGCGUUGCCAAGGAGGACUUCCUGCUUCACCUUGACAACCAAGAAGCUUACCGUAUCAGGAAAGAUGACGUCAUUGCACUAUAUCCUCCUAUGCUGCACUUCGAUCCAGAAAUCUAUGAGGACCCCCAUGAGUACAAGUUUGACCGUUUCCUGGAUGAGAAGGGUCAAGAGAAACCGGCAUUUUACCGCAAUGGGCGACGUCUGCGUUACUUUAACAUGCCCUUCGGCUCGGGGGUCACCAAAUGCCCCGGCAGAUUUUUUGCUCUCUAUGAGAUCAAGCAGUUUCUGACUCUGGUGUUAUCCUACUUUGACAUGAAACUAUUGGACCCUGCUAUCAAAGUCCCACCUCUUGACCAAUCCCGUGCUGGUCUGGGAAUCCUUCAGCCUACCUAUGAUGUGGACUUUAAGUACAGGCUGAAAUCAAACCACUAGGCUCCCUGCAGGUAGAGGCAUUACAGUUCAUGUUGUACAUAUGUAUAUUUAACAGUGUUAAUAAAGAUGAUUUGAUGUGUAUAUAGAUAUUCUGUUGGGACACACACUUUCUGUCUCUGUUAGAAAUCUUGCAUGUCAGAGUAAAGUACUUACAUUUUAAAUUCCUGAGGACUUCUGAGGCGUGUUCUCACCAACAAGUACAAAUAUUUGCUUAAUGAAUGCAAACUCAUUUCAAGAAGCUACAAGUUUUCGAUUGAGGUUUACAGAAUGGAAUGUUCUGAGAAAUCAGUAAAGUAUGUUGUACAUAACUUUUACUCAAUAGGCUUAACAUGCAAAAACAUUGUUGCUCCAUUUAUCCCACAUUUCUAUGGUUUUGAAAUACUGACACUGUGUGGAAUUCACUAUCACAACGUUUUCUUUGCUGUGGAUUCAUUAUAUCUUGUGGAGCAGUCAGUGUGAACACAUCAGUAAAUUACUUUGAUACGUCACACCAGCCAAUGUAUUCUGCGGUGUGACAUUGCUGAGUGCAGCAUGCCCAUGAUCAUGACCAACUUUUUUUUAUCAAUGAAUGUAUUACUGUAAUCAGUAGCCUAUCAUUUACUGUCUUUGAAGUAGAAGAUUGCACCAACUUUGGAGUUUGCUCUCUGCCAUGCUGCCUCACUCUCACACAGUGCUGUUUGCGUCUGAUUCUUCUGAAGGUUGUUCACAGAACAAAGCUGCACCCCACAUGCAUGUGUUGAUGUGUUCAUGCUGUACGAACAGAAAAUAAAUCAAUAGAGUGCUACGCUUGUUUGCUUUAGAUGUUCACAUGUCAGUGCAAAUACAUCAUAAAAGCUUUCUCAUA